AUGUCGGGUCGUGGGAAACAAGGCGGUAAGGCUCGUGCCAAAGCCAAGACCAGAUCUUCUCGAGCCGGUCUCCAAUUUCCCGUGGGCCGUGUGCACCGUCUGCUGCGCAAAGGCAAUUAUUCCGAGCGGGUUGGGGCUGGCGCGCCGGUGUACCUGGCGGCGGUGCUGGAGUACCUGACCGCCGAAAUCCUGGAGCUGGCGGGCAACGCGGCCCGUGACAACAAAAAGACGCGCAUCAUCCCGCGUCACCUGCAGCUGGCCAUCCGCAAUGAUGAGGAGCUCAAUAAGCUGCUGGGACGCGUGACCAUCGCUCAGGGCGGCGUCCUUCCUAAUAUUCAGGCCGUGCUGCUGCCCAAGAAAACCGAGAGCCACCACAAGGCCAAGGGCAAGUAAAGG